CUUCCACUUUCACUCCUUCUUCUUCUUCUUCUUCUAUUAUGGACAGAAACCAAUCUCGCAGGCAGCUUGCUACCAUGAAACAAUCCCUCUUUGACCAGGGAUAUCUGGAUGAGCAGUUCAUCCAACUGGAGGAACUGCAGGAUGAUGCCAACCCUAACUUUGCAGAAGAGAUUGUGACUAUUUACUUCCGUGAUUCUUCCAGAUUCAUUUCAAACCUUGAGCAAGAAAUGCAGAGGACCGCACCAGAUUUUGACAAGCUUGACAGCAUUAUGCAUCAGUUCAAAGGAAGCAGCUCCAGCAUUGGAGCCCAGAAGGUGAAAACAGAGUGUACUCUGUUUAGGGAAUACUGCGCAGCAGAAAAUGCAGAAGGAUGCAUGAAGAGUUUCCAACAACUGAAGAAAGAGCAUGCUGUACUGAGAAAGAAACUUGAAGCUUAUUUUCAGCUAGCUAAGUAACAUCGGACAAGGGGGACAGACAGCAUGUAUCCCCAAGUUAAGACAGCAUCAAUAAAUAUGCUUGUUGUUGUUGUUGUUGUUAUGAGGCUCAUGUAGUUGGUGGAUUUUGUAGCUUCAAAUGCAUUUUCACCAGAAUAAUAUAUAGAAAAAGAUAUAAUAAUGGGUUUGGGAUAUUUUGCUUCCAUACAUACUAGUUUUGUUUUAAAGCUUGAAUGAUAAAUGUUGUGGGAUAUUUUUAUUCCAGUGGCAUCUGACACCUGAGUUUCAUCAUAGUAUUUGAUAGUGGAAGGAUGUAUAUGAUUGUAAGUUCUACAUAUUGAAUACAUUAUUAAAUACUUAUUUCACGUUA